GGCAAACUCAAAAUGGCGUCAAGAACACCGUCUCCGGGCAGAUCUUUCAGACACAGUCAAAACCGAUCUUCUCGUUAUUCUCCACCAUUUAUCGGAGGCUCACCAGCGAGAAGAACACCUCCUAGACAUAUAACCUUUGAUUCUGAUGAUGAGAAAGAUGACCUUCAGAUUCCAUCCGUCAAUGAAAGACUUGGUCAUCUCAGACCGUCAAGAGAGUUGUUGGAGUAUUAUCGCAAGAAGAUCGCUGAUUUUGAUGGAGAACAUGAAGAGAUGUUGAAUAAACUUGAACAAUAUAAGAUGACAUAUGAACAACAGCAUAAAUCACACUGGGAAUUGAGACAGAGAGAAGAGGAAAUAGCAGAGUUACAAAAAGCACUCAGUGAUAUGCAAGUCUACCUGUUCCAAGAAAGAGAACAUGUUCUUAGACUUUAUUCUGAAAAUGAUAGACUGAAAAUCAUGGAGUUAGAAGACAGAAAAAAAAUCCACCAUCUAUUGGCUUUGACAGGAGCCACAGAAAAUGAAGUGACAUACUUUCAUAAAGAACCACCAUCCAAAGCUAUCGUUGCACAGAGGCAUCCAGCUAAGAAAUAUCCACAUUCACCUGAAGAAAGUCAUGCAUAUGGGUUAAAGACACAUGGAUCAAAAAAAGAUUCUAACAUAGAAAAGGCUGCCAGAAGAGCUAAAGGUAAGGCAUCAUCACCAGAAUCUGCAGCACAAUUCACAAGAGAUAAUGAAACACUGAUGUUACAAGUAGAGGCAUUACAAGCACAAUUAGAAGAACAAACUAAAUUAUCUAAAGAACAAGUAGAUGGACUCUUAGAAGAUAGAAGAGUUCGAAUUGAUGAAAUGCAGACAGUUAUGGACCGAGAUCAAGACAAGAUACAGACCCUGAAAGACAAACUUCAUAAGACACAAGACUUACUAUAUGACAGCACUAAAGACUACCUUGAAUUGAAAUAUGAAAAUAGAGCCAAUGAAAGACGAUGGAUGGCAGAAAAGGAUAGAUUGCUGCAAGAACUGGAUAAAGCUAAAGAACAAUUGAAUAUUUCUACAGAUGACGUACUCCAUAUUACAGAGAAUGUAUGGGAACAGAGACAAGCCCAAGCAGAUGAAAUUAAUGUUCUUGAAAACCAGCUACAGCAGUCUCAUAAGAUGACAGAGAUGUACAGAGAACAAGUUAUCAAAUUAGAAGAUGAAUUAUCCAGAAUAAAAGAGCAAGACGAUGUCAGCAAAGAAAUAUUCAAAGAAAGAUCAGAGAAAAUGGGGAAGAGACUUGCCUUGAUGAAUCAGCGUUAUGAAGCUUUGGAAACUAGGCGGAAUUUAGAGGUAGAAGGUUUCAAAACAGACAUAAAGAACCUUCGUGUGAGACUGAAGGAAGUGGAAAGACAGCUAUAUCGGGUGACUGUUGGUAUCAGCGAAGGUGAUGACGUAGCCAUGUUACAGGAUAUCAAACGCACAGCAAGAAGAUCUAAAAUGAUACAGGGAGAAUUACAUCAAUUAAAAGCUAAAAUAUAUGGUAUUGAAAAUGAUCUCAGACAUCUAUAAAAAAAAUUUCUAAUAUCAUUGUAACCUUUCCUUUACUCUUCUUUUUUCUUCCUUUGUUCAAUGUACUUUUUAUUUUUUUGGCAUUUGUCAAUUAUUUUGUUAUUUUUAUAAUUAAUAGUUGCAUGAUUCAGUUUGCGGAAAUUUUAAGAUUUUUGAUGCAACCAGUUUAUGUUGUGAAAAGCACAACACACUGUAUUGGAGUAGUACAAUUAUCGACAGGUGGCCAGCUGAUAAAAUGUCUACUAUUUGAAUAUUUACCCUAACACCAGAUAUAUUUAGAGCCAUGCAAUAAGCUAUACACUGGCCUGGAUUCUUCAAGCAUGUCACCAAUGACAAACCUACCGGGUAGUAGAUAUUUAGAGAAUGCUGUGAUUGUGUAAGAGUACACUGCCAAAAACAGGCUUUCCUAAAUAUUUUGAGUAUUUGUUUUAAACCUACAGAGUGUAAAGCAAUUCAUGUUCUAUUGGUUUCACUGUCAUAAUAUUGUAGUAUUUUGAUUAUAAGAAAUUUCAUUCAAUUACUGUGUUUAUGUAUUAUUUUAUAUUGUGAUUUCUUUCGUCCAGAUUCAUGUGCAACAUGUGAUACUCACUGUAAUUACCUUCCAAUAUACAUGUACUCAUUAUUAGUGUUAUGGGUAUAUACCAUAUGCCCACAUUUAUGCAAGUUGCUAUUCAAUCUUCAGGGAUUAUAUACUUCACACACUGCCAAAACAGAUUUUUUAUAACACAUCAAGAAAUGAAACUACUAGAUACCAAGAGAUUUUUAAUCAACGUAAAUAUUUUGAUAAAUUCUAAAAAAAAAAAAGUAGUAAUUUUUUGUAUUUUUGUAUGUGUAACUGGACAAAUCUCAAAUAUUGUAUUAAUUAUUACAAUCAGUUUUAUUGUGAAUAAAGAUAAUUUUAGUGAAUUGAAAAUGUUAAAUU